AUGCCCGUACGAAAAUACACUUGUUCCUAUGAACAUGAGGGUAAGAAGCAACAAGCCAACAGGACCAAAACUGGAGAAAACAAAAAUGGUCUACUUGUUUUGACGAGAUAUAGAGCAAGGAAAUUGUUAGGGAGCAUUGAGAUAGGAAUCUUCAGUGCUGGAAAGAUUGUAUUGAUUAUGAGCAAGACACGCUUAUUGAUAAAUCGAUCUCUCAUUAUCUGUGAAGCUUUUGACUUAUAUAUAGUUCAAACUGCGCAACCUGAAGUUAGGAGUUCUUCUCUAGGAGCUAGGUCCCGCUUUACCAAUGUUGUUUUUUAUUCGGUCUGUGUCCUGAGUCCUGACAAAGCCCAAAAAAUUUCCAAGUGA